AAAACACUUUCUUAAGAUAUUUUUAUUUUCUCUUUCUCACAAUUAUUAACAGCCUUUGCUUGGCUGUUCUCGUCCGAAAUCUCCAGUGUUUCCGUUAAAGCAAAAAAAAAAAAGAUGAAUGUUCUUCUUCACAUCUCACUCUCCGCCAUUUUCUUCCUUCUUCCACUACUUCUCCAGCAAGAGCCAUCUUCUUCCGCCAUUAUACUGAGCUUAAAGAAACGCCAUGGAAGCAGCGGCAGCAGCAGCAGUAGUAGCAACCAGUACAGCUCGAGCAGACCGUCUUCUUUCCAAGGGAACAGAAGCACGUGCUCUCUCUUCAUGGGCACGUGGGUCCAUGACGACUCGUAUCCUCUCUACAAACCGGCGGAUUGUCCCGCCGUCGUGGAGGGUGAGUUCGAUUGUCUGAUGUACGGACGUCCUGACUCUAACUACCUAAAGUAUCGAUGGCAACCUCAGAAUUGCAACUUGCCCACGUUCAAUGGUGCUGAGUUUCUGCUGAGGAUGAAGGGGAAGAGCAUAAUGUUUGCGGGUGAUUCGUUGGGGAAGAAUCAAUGGGAGUCGUUGAUCUGUCUCAUUAUGUCAUCUGCACCGUCCACUCGUACUCAGAUGACUAGAGGCCUCCCUCUCUCCACCUUUAGAUUCUUGGAUUAUGGUAUAACGAUGUCGUUUUACAAAGCUCCGUUCUUGGUGGACAUAGACGCUGUUCAAGGCAAGCGAGUGUUGAAACUUGAGGAGAUCUCUGGCAAUGCUAAUGCUUGGCAUGACGCUGAUCUUCUCAUCUUCAACACUGGUCACUGGUGGAGCCACACCGGGUCUCAGCAAGGAUGGGACUUGAUUCAAUCAGGCAAUUCUUAUUACCAAGACAUGGACCGUUUCGUUGCAAUGGAGAAAGCUCUUCGUACUUGGGCUUAUUGGGUCGAAACACAUGUGGAUAGAUCCAGAACUCAAGUCUUCUUCCUCUCCAUUUCUCCAACGCAUGACAACCCGAGUGACUGGGCAGCAUCAUCGUCUUCGGGAUCCAAGAACUGCUACGGAGAGACAGAUCCGAUCACAGGAUCUGCUUAUCCAGUGAGCCCUUACACAGAUCAGCUAAGAUCAGUGAUUGUUGAAGUGCUUCACGGGAUGCACAAUCCGGCAUUACUUCUUGACAUCACGCUCCUCUCUUCCCUCAGGAAAGACGGACACCCUUCUGUCUACAGCGGUCUUGUUAGCGGUUCACAGCUGGCCAAGCCAGGCCAGUCAGAUUGUAGCCAUUGGUGCUUGCCUGGUCUCCCUGAUACAUGGAAUCAGUUGUUGUACACCAUUCUCUUCUACUAGCGUUUUACUUUUAUUAUUAUCUUCUUCUAUCAAUUUAUUCGAGUAGGAAUAUUUCUAACGCAUUCGAGGAAAAUCCCAAGUUUACGGAUGCAUUCAAUUGUAGAAACUUUGAGGCAAAAUUUUCAUUCUAAUGAUUUAUAAUUUUUAUUA